AAGGACGAUGAAAAUUUCAUUCGCAGCCGGCUGAGGACGCAGACGGCGACGGCGAGGCCAGGAGCUGAUCCGCCCCUGAAAAAGCUAUUGAAAAAAUACGUAGUUUACUUCGACGCACUGGCCUCUGGGGGUAGAGAGGACAAGAUGGCGAACGACGCACAAAAAGAAGCCUUCCUAAAAGAUUCGGUGAAUUUUGAUCUGGCGAUGGCAAGGACUACGUCUGUUGUGAGCGCGAAUUCGGGAGAGAUGGACGCCUACAGGGUUGAUCACGGUAACGUCCGCACGUCAAUCUCAAAUGCAAAAGGGGACAUCGAAGCACUGAAAAACGCACUCGAUGGGGCGCGGCUCGAACGGCAGCAUAAGGAAGAAUACGAAGGCCUUCGCCGGCUGUGUGUUAGAUACCCGCGACGAGAAACGACCGAGGCGGCAAACGCGACACUCCGAGGCUCGAUACGAGAGCUUGAGGAAGCCAGCGAAUCCAAUAUUAAGGUGUUAAAGCUCAGGAAAAAACAGUUUACGACGCUACUCCACGUCGUCAACGAGCUGACUGAAGAACUCGAGCAUGAG